UAUUUGGCAGGUUGCGCUCAAGUAGCACAUCCAGUGACAGCUUGCAGCUCAAACUGAACAUUCUCGUUUGUAGUCCUAUCGAAGUAGUAAUGUUUGCAAUUGCAGCUGAAGGAAACACGUUUGAAAUGCCAUGAACUGUGAUGUUGUACAAGGAGCGACGAGCUGCGGUAUCUGGCAUACACACACACACUUUACAGCGACGAAGCAGAGACAUGGGUCAUCUGUACACAUUGUGUUUGGGAGCACAUCUCUUACUGACUAAUGCAGCAAUUUAGUCCCAUUCAGACUCCUUGAGGGCAUAAAUGGCAAUACUACAGAGAGAAUAGCAACGUUACACUGUCUUUCGGAUCAAUUUAGUACAUCUACUUUCUGAACUGUUCAGGGAAACCGUUGCAUCUUAGGACGUGGGCAUUGACUUCUCAAUUGAAUUGUUUUUCAUAGUCUAUUUUAGCUUUGAUGGAGCUGCUGGCAUUCCAGUAGAAUGAAGCAGAAGGGGCCUUGAUAUCCAAUCCUCCUUUUAGCCCAGAAAGGACCAUCGAGGGGACCAUGAAACAUCUUAAUUAAUUCUCAGCUCAAUGAGGAAGAAUGGAGACAGAUUUCACCAUGCAUUGAUUAGGGGAGACGUUUGAUAUUUUUUCCCAGUCCCCAAACUAGGCAUCAAUGUCAUCUGCUUUUUGUUUUAAUUUGCCUGUGACAUUUACAGCUUGAAUAAUACAAUCGAGGCAAAUCUUGAAUCUCUCACACCUGGAAGGGAUUUCUAGAACAAUGUUUGUUGCUUAAUUCACAUCUUCCUGACUGUGGUCGGAUAACUUUGUGCUUUGUGUGUAGCUUCCUCCUGAGGAGGGCAAUGAUAAGUACAGAAAUAUUUUUUUUAGGCACAUGCAGUACACUGAUGUAUGGACUUUCAAAUAUUUUUUUGACUCUUCCAACUGAACAAUGAGUCCUGUUGAAUGCUGAUUGGGUGUAAUUGGUGGUUAGUGAGGCUUGGUAAUUAGUGUGAUUACAGUAAUCACGUCUCUGCAGAGAUGUCCAAGUGCCUGACACGUGCCUCUGCGCUCUCCACAGCUUUUUCAAUUCAGUUCACUGUAAGAAACAUGUAUCAAAAAAGUGUUACAUCGGAGUCAAGAGGUAGAGUUGAAUAAAUAAUGCAUAUUUGGUAAGAGGUGGAUUUUUAAUCAGGAGUUUCUCCUGACAGGUUCUUAUUGUCUUGCUUAUAUCCUACAGUGACGUUUGGGCUCCUCUCCACCUCAAUCACAUGUCAAUGUCUCAGAGCCACUCAGAAUUGACUGAGAGUUGAGAGCUGUCUAUGCAGCAUGUUCAGCUGCAUGGUGGUGGUGGCGGCACACAUUUCAUUUCUGAGUAAUAGGGUUGAGGAGAUGAUCCAUUCCUGUACGACUGCCUGCCUGUGAACAGGAUCCUAGGUCUAUUAGUAUUACAACUCAGGAAGGCAGCUGUCCAACCUGCACUGUCACAUAUGUCUGAUACUCUGUGAUGCAAGUGGGCCAAUUAGAGACGUCCUGUGGGAACACUUGGCAGUGCGCACACUCCCACCCCUACCCGCUUCCUCACACAUAUUUAUUUGGAUAUCUCUUCUGAAGUGCUUCUGCUUCUGACAUUCUGUUUGACAGAUUGAAGAUAUUCAGGCAUCUGCUGUUGAACAGACAAGGAAUUUCUAUGAAGAUGUAUAUAGCCUUUACAGCCUAUAAUAGAAUGAAAAAAUUGGCAUAAACCGUUGUUUAGUUUGCCCUGUAUGUAUUGUAUAUACAGACUGAGCCAUAUUGAAAGACCAACCUGCGUCAUGGCAUGAAAAACAGAAACAAAACACUGUCACACUGACUGUCACAAGUGACAGUCCAUACAGUGCAGGUCCCUUAUGCAACACUUGUUGCAGUUAUGUGUUUCUUGGUGGGGGACUCAGUUCCCCUGGGUCCUAUUACCAAGAACCAAUUGGGGACUCCGUAGAUACAAGACUUCAGUGUUUUCUGCAUUCACUGGAGAUGACUCACCGUUUAAAAGCAGUCUGCUCAGUCAACACAAUCCAAUGUCUCUUAAGUCAUCUUCAUAAAAUCUAAGUUGUUUACACUGUAUUGUCUGGGCUUCCAAGUGGCACAGUGGUCUAACGCACUGCAUCUCAGUUCUAGAGGCAUCAACCAGCCGUGAUUGGGAGCCCCAAAGGGCGGCGCACAAUUGACCCAGCGUUGCCCGGGUUUGGCCCGGGUAGGCUGUCAUUGUAAAUAAGAAUUUCUUCCUAACUGACUUUCCUAGUUAAAUACAUUUUUGUCUAGUUUGCCUAUUUAACGUUUUCGAUAUGCAGCCACAUUGUUUUGUGGAUAUGUUGCAGUAAUUGUUUGUGAAAGUGUCAGUGAAAAUAGUUCGCCAAAAAGCAAGUGGAUGUACAUCGCAGAGAUCCCCCGACGCCUGUAUUAAGGAGCGUGUUGUGUGUGGUGAUACGCAUGCGUUAUCACACCCCGGGAGCCUGCAGAAUGCAACGCUUCGGAGGCGCGCGUCUUUGCCACAGUGCGCUCUCAGCAGAGGAAAGCGCAGUGUUACAAUGAGCUUCUCCAUCCCACCGGCUAAUACCCACCCACACUGCCGUCCUCCGAUAAGCAGCAUCAAAAUCGCCAACCACUCUCACAACCACCGCCUGGCCCCAGGAUGCCCGGGGGAAAGAGAGGGCUUGUGGCACCGCAGAAUACUUUUCUGGAAAACAUUGUCCGGCGCUCAAGUGAGACCAGCUUCCUCCUGGGGAACGCCCAGAUCGUGGAGUGGCCUGUAGUCUACAGUAAUGACGGAUUCUGCAAACUCUCUGGGUUCCACAGGGCUGAGGUUAUGCAAAAAAGCAGCACUUGCAGUUUUAUGUAUGGAGAGCUGACGGACAAGAAGACAAUAGACAAAGUCAGAGAGACAUUUGAUAAUUAUGAGUCCAACUGCUUUGAGGUCUUGCUAUACAGGAAGAACAGGGCACCAGUGUGGUUCUAUAUGCAGGUGGCCCCCAUCAGGAAUGAGAAUGACAAAGUGGUUCUCUUCCUGUGCACCUUCAAAGACAUCACUGUAUUCAAGCAGCCCAUCGAGGACGAGUCCACUAAGGGUAAGGACGAGUCCACUUCGGGAUGGACCAAGUUUGCACGGCUGACACGGGCACUGACACAUAAUAACCGCAACACCAGCCACCAUACCACACCACAGCAGCUCACUCCUAUGAGCAGCCAUGAAGUCAGCCAACCCAAGCAGUCCCGUCUGGCAGAGGUUCUCCAGCUAGGCUCAGACAUCCUCCCCCAGUACAAACAGGAGGCUCCUAAGACUCCCCCUCACAUCAUCCUCCACUACUGCACCUUCAAGACCACCUGGGACUGGGUCAUCCUUGUCCUCACCUUCUACACGGCCAUCAUGGUGCCCUACAACGUGUCCUUCAAGACCAAGCAGAACAACAUCGUGUGGCUGGUGCUGGACAGCGUGGUAGAUGUCAUCUUCCUGGUGGACAUCGUACUCAACUUCCACACCACCUUCGUGGGGCCCGGUGGGGAGGUCAUCUCAGACCCCAAGCUGAUCAGGAUGAACUACCUGAAGACCUGGUUCGUCAUCGACCUGCUGUCCUGCCUGCCCUAUGACAUCAUCAAUGCCUUUGAGAAUGUGGAUGAGGGUAUUAGCAGUCUGUUCAGCUCUCUGAAGGUGGUGCGCCUGCUGCGUCUGGGCCGGGUGGCCCGUAAACUGGACCACUAUCUGGAGUAUGGAGCAGCUGUAUUGGUCCUACUGGUGUGUGUGUUUGGCCUGGUGGCCCACUGGCUGGCCUGCAUCUGGUACAGCAUUGGCGACUACGAGGUCAUUGACGAGGUCACCAACACUAUCAAGACGGACAGCUGGCUCUACCAGUUAGCCAUCAACCUCGGCUCGCCGUAUUGCUACAAUGCCAGCGGCUCAGGCCAAUGGGAGGGUGGCCCCGGGAAAGACUCUCUGUACAUCACGUCUCUUUACUUCACCAUGACCAGCCUGACCACCAUCGGGUUCGGCAACAUUGCCCCCACCACGGAUGGAGAGAAGAUCUUCUCUGUGGCCAUGAUGAUGGUCGGCUCUCUCCUGUACGCCACCAUCUUUGGAAAUGUGACCACCAUCUUCCAGCAGAUGUACGCCAAUACCAACCGCUACCACGAGAUGCUGAACAACGUGAGGGACUUCCUCAAGCUCUACCAGGUGCCCAAUGGGCUGAGUGAGAGGGUGAUGGACUACAUUGUCUCUACAUGGUCCAUGUCCAAGGGCAUCGACACUGAGAAGGUGCUGUCUAUCUGUCCUAAAGACAUGCGGGCAGACAUCUGUGUUCACCUGAACCGGAAGGUGUUCAAUGAGCACCCUGCCUUCCGCCUGGCAAGUGACGGCUGCCUGCGCUCUCUAGCCGGGGAGUUCCAGACCAUCCACUGCGCCCCUGGAGACCUCAUCUUCCAUGCUGGGGAGAGCGUCGACACACUCUGCUUUGUGGUGUCAGGGUCACUGGAGGUCAUCCAGGACGAUGAGGUCAUCGCUAUCCUAGGUAAAGGAGAUGUGUUUGGAGAUGUGUUCUGGAAAGAGACCACUCUUGCACACGCGUGUGCUAACGUGCGGGCGCUGACGUACUGCGACCUGCACAUCAUCAAGAGAGAGGCACUGCUCAAGGUUCUGGAGUUCUACACAGCCUUUGCGAACUCCUUCUCACGCAACCUUAUCCUCACCUGCAACCUACGCAAGCGGGUAAUUUUUCGUAAGAUCAGUGACGUGAAGAAGGAGGAGGAGGAGCGCCAGCGUCAGAAGAACGAGGUUCAGCUGACCAUCCCCCAGGACCAUCCGGUCAGGAAGCUCUUCCAGAAGUUCAAGCAGCAGAAGGAGCUGCAGAGGAAUCAGGGGGUGUCCUCCCAGCUGGACCUGGAGAAGAACCAGCUCCAAGUGGAGCACCACCUUCACCCCAUCCCCCACAGCCUGCAGCUAUCCCACUCCAGCCUGCAGCACUCCCUGCCCCUCAACAUCCAGCGGCCCGGACCCCACUCCUGCCUGCAAGGGCUCCAGAACGGGGCUCCCCCCACGGGCUGCAGUAGCAGUGUGCUCACCGUGUCCCAGGUCACGCCCAUGCAGUCUAGUCCUGCCAUGGGGGAGCCGCCUCCAGUCCGACUCAAGGUGAGCAGCAGCCCUGCUCUGGUAAAGCCUCCUGCUGCCAGGGGCUGGGGGCGCCUCAAAAACGUGGCUGCCCCACCUCCCGUGGUCAGGAAGGAGGGACUGAACAAUGUAGCUAAAGCCGUUUCUGUGGAGAUGCUAUCUCAGCAGGGCAGGGGGCAGGAGGCGGGGCUCAGAGGAGGAGAGGGAGAGGACAACCGCCUCCAUAAGACAGACUCCUGCGAUAGCGGCAUCACUAAGAGUGAGCUGCGUAUAGACAGGGCCGGGGAGGCCCCCCUGCCACACCCGUUCGGCCCCAUCCCAGAGCAGGCCCUGCAGGCUGCGCUGCAGGAGACCCGGCUGGAGCUCCGGGGGGACCUCCAGACUCUGGGGGGCCGGCUGGGGGCCCUGGAGAAACAGGUGGCUCAGAUCUUCAAACUGCUGACCUCUACAGAGAAGAGGAGGCCGUCUCUACCUCUGGCCGCCACCCCCAAAACCAAAACCAAACGUCAGGACAUCUUCACUGUCUCCAGACCCGUUUCUCCUGAUUUAGUGGACGAUGACGGGCACAUCUGAAGAGGACAAAACACCACUGUUCGACGUACCUUAACAUUUGCACACAAACUUUUAACUCAUGUCCAUCAUGAGACCUUUCUUGAUUGUAAAUAUUUCUCUAUGCAUGUCCAGCUGGAUUCUGGCUUGCCAAAGAAACUAAAAGUCUAUUCAGGGGCGCAACUUUGGUUUUAGAAGUGGGUGGGGCAUCUAAAGCUCAUUUCCUGCAUUUCUACUAGUUCUGUUCCCGACAACAAACAAAUAUUGGUUGAUCAAGAGUAGUCUUUUAUUUCGACCAAUCAAUUGGUUGAAAUGUUUAAACAUAUAUUUUUACGCAUAUAGACUCACCCUAUGUGUUCUAAUAAAAUCAACUAGGCUAUAAGUACUGAAAUUGUCUGAUACUUUGAGCACGCUGUUUAAUUAAAUAAUUACGACACACAAAUAACUCAACAGGGAGCCAGAGAUCAAGAUAGCCUAACCAGAAGAAAAAAUAAUUUUCCAGACCCUCUUCUCGCUGCUGCUGGCCUUCGCAGAUUCUGCCUUUAUGCUGCUUAAGUUGCUGGUAAUAGGCUACACCAGCGGUCGGCAACCUUUUCCAUUUGAAGUGCAAGCUUAUGAUAUCAUUUCUACCAUACUGCGUGACUGUUAUGAUUUUUAUAUGCACAUUUUCGUGGAACAGUUUCAUUUAAUUUAUUAUAGGCUUUGCAACUCAAAAUCUUUGUCUGUGGUUAAUCUACAGUCUAUCUAAAUAUAAAUGAAAAUGAUACAAAUCUAAAAGUAACUUUUAUUGCCAUUGCCAACUAUGUAAAAAUAGCCUAUUUAAAGCCAACACAUAAAAACAUUGAAGCUUGCAGGUAGAAAAUAUCCUGAUUAAAAAUAAAUAUCCUAUAAAUCACAUUGGUACGCAUGGCCUGUCUAUCAACCCGAAACCCGUACUCGCAAACAUGAAACAUUGUGUGAAAUAUUCUGGGCCCUCAGAUAUUCCAGUGCCAGUGAGCUCGGGACAGACACAGCUGUAGGCUAAUUGUGCAAGGGAUGUUUCCACAGGACCAGAGCAUUACAUUUGUACUUUUCAUGCUGAGUGGUUAUCGAAAGGAAAGGGAGAGAGCUGGAAAUAUUUUUCAAAUACUUAGAGGAACUAUUGUCAUUAUCAGUUGAUUCUAAAAACAGACUUUGUUUACUUGCUGUUUGAGGUGAAGAAAAAUUACUUUGAGAAUCUCCACAGCUCAUUAGUGGUGGUGAAUUAAGACAAUCAGAAAUACUAUCAGCCAUCCCCAAGUGGGCGCAUUUAUAGGCCUACAUUUGCAGGCCAGGUGGGUCAGAAGUUUACAUACACUCAAUUAGUACUUGGUAGCAUUGCCUUAAAAUUGUUUAACUUGGGGCAAAUGUUUCGGUUAGCCUUUCACAAGCUUCCCACAAUAAGUUGCCUGAAUUUUGGUCCAUUCCUCCUGACAGAGCUGGUGUAACUGAGUCAGGUUUGUAGGCCUCCUUGCUUGCACCUGCUUUUUCAGUUCUGCCCACAAAUUGUCUAUAGGAUUGAGGUCAGAGCUUUGUGAUGGCCACUCCAACACCUUGACUUUGUUGUCCUUAAGCCAUUUUGCCACAACUUUGGAAGUAUACUUGGGGUCAUUGUCCAUUUGGAAGACCCAUUUGCGACCAAGCUUUAACUUCCUGACUGAUGUCCUGAGAUGUUGCUUCAAUAUAUCAACAUAAUUUUCCCUCCUCGUGAUGCCAUCUAUUUUGUGCACCAAAAUAGAUGGCAAGUGCACCAGUCCCUCCUGCAGCAAAGCGCCCCCACAACAUGAUGCUGCCACCCUCGUGCUUUACAGUUGGGAUGGUGGUCUUUGGAUUGCAAGCCUCCCCCUUUUUCCUCCAAACAUAGCGAUGGUCAUUAUUGCCAAACAGUUCAUCAGACCAGAGGACACAGAAAGUACGAUCAUUGUCCCCAUGUGCAGUUGCAAACCGUAGUCUGGCUUUUUUAUGGCGGUUUUGGAGCAGUGGCUUCUUCCUUGCUGAGCGGCCUUUCAGGUUAUGUCGAUAUAGGACUUGUUUUACUGUGGAUUUACAUACUUUUGUACCUGUUUCCUCCAGCAUCUUCACAGGGUCCUUUGCUGUUGUUCUGGGAUUGCUUUGCACUUUCUCACCAACGUACGUUCAUCUCUAGGAGACAGAAUGCAUCUCCUUCCUGAGCGGUAUGACGGCUGUGUGGUUUCAUGGUGUUUAUACUUGCGUACUAUUGUUUGUACAGAUGAAUGCGGCGUUUGGAAAUUGCUCCCAAGGAUGAACCAGACUUGUGGUCUACCAUUUUUUUUCAUGAGCUCUUGGCUGAUUUCUUUAGAUUUUCCCAUGAUGUCAAGCAAAGAGGCACUGAGUUUGAAGGUAGGCCUUGAAAUACAUCCACAGGUACACCUGCAAUUGAUUCAAAUGAUGUCAAUUAGCCUAUCCGAAGCUUCUAAAGCCAUGACAUAAUUUUCUGGAAUUUUCCAAGCUGUUUAAAGGCCCAGUCAACUUAGUGUAUGUAAACUUCUGACCCACUGGAAUUGUGAUACAGUGAAUUAUAAGUGAAAUAAUCUGUCUGUAAACAAUUGUUGGAACAAUUACUUGUGUCAUACACAAAGUAGAUGUCCUAACCGACUAGCCAAAACUAUAGUUUGUUAACAAGACAUUUGUGGAGUGCUUGAAAAACGAGUUUUUAAUGACUCCAACCUAAGUGGAUGUAAACUUCUGACUUCAAAUGUAUAAUGGGGAAUUGAGAGACACAGCAAACAAUGCACACAAAGUUAUGAAACAUUGAAUACCCACGAAAGGGCGGGAGAGAAUGCCUUCUGGAGAAAGACGUGCCUUGUGCAUCUGAGCCACAAUCCCCAUAUUGUUGGACCGUGUAAUCCCUGCCGCCUCCUCAAUGGAUUAGUCCACUGAGACAGGCGCAAAUCAGACACGUGUCUCGUGUGCCAUAAUCUAUUUGCUACUGCUGGACUAAAGAAAAUCUCAUGUUUUCAAUACAGACACCUUUUGUCAUACAGAAAUCAAAUAUAGUGAUGCAUAACUUGACAUUUCUGCCAUCCAUUGUGACAUUGUGGGAGGAUACCCAACCUUCCAAUUAAUGGCAUAGCAUUUCUUAGCUGCUAUAAAUGCUGAGUUUCACAGUUUCUUCUGAUAACAUUCUCCAAUAUCAACAUUUCCAAGCAAAUAAAAACAGGGAGACGGGUGAAUCUGUAGACAUGCUGAGAUAAAAUCACAUUCUCUGACAGAAUUCAGCCAGCCUUCACAAGAUCAUAACAAAUAUGUUCCCUUUGGUGUUUUACACAUCCAGCAGAGAAAUUAUAGUUCUGAGUGCUUGAUAUUCAGUUUCACUGGCAUAUAGUAUGUUCUAUGGAUGGUCAUACACUGCAGUUUAUGUCUGCGAUGAUAUGAACAUGACAGGUUAUUCAAACAUAUCUGCAUCCAUUCAUCAUCAUCAGUAGUGUUUCCCAGGUCUCCCUCACAUGUUUGUUUUGUGUCAUCCGGAAAAGCCUCUAACAAACUUUGAUACAGUUUGGAAACAAACUUGAAGUUUGUCAGACUGCCUUAAAAUAGUUGAAAUCUUUGAAGCUUCUGGAUUGUCCAGUGUUUGCUGCACAGAGAGAAUAAAGUGUUGUAUCUGCAAAAGUUCACAUGAGCGCCGUCACAGACUGCACUUCCCUGGUUGCCUGACCCAGCUGAGACCCCUGUCAUCAUCUGAUCCUGCUAAGAUGAGGCAUGGCAAAGAAUUACCUUGGUGUACAUUUAUACAUUCUAUUAUCCAAGAAUAGAAUCAAUGGUUCAAUCAUUUAAAUGACCAUUAUUCCCAGAUCUCAGACUGUAGUCGACCCAUCAAAUCAAGAUGGAACUUUGUAUCCAUUCACUGAUUGUUAUAAUAUACUGCAAAAUUCACCUGAGCUCCGUAGACUGGUCUUCCCUGGCUGUCUGAUCCUGCUAAAACAUGAUGAGCAUAGUAUUGUGUACUGACUGCACAAUGACAGUGUAGCCUGUAGUGCUGUUUAUACCAUGUCAGUGUGAAAAGUAGGGAAUUAGCUUGGAAAACUGACAGAUCAAUAAUGUUACAUUGCUAUGCUGUGUCUAAUAAAAACUCACAUCGCGCUGUCAAAAACAAAUCUGAAUAUCAGUUUUCGGUCGCUUGGCCGCUGGUUUCAUCAUUUGAUUUAGGUCUGGUGUGAUUGAGGCAUAAGUAAUUGCUAAAGUUAGUGAGCUAUCCAGCUAACGUUAGCCAACGUUAGAAGGAAACUAGCAAAGUUAGAUACAGCAACCUGACACAUAGCUAGAGACUAGAGCGUAACUGGCUGUGGUAGCAACAAGCUAGCUGGUGCAUUCUCUUCACACAGAACUUAAGUCGAGAAGGGAUUAAAUAUUACUGUAGCUAACGUUACAGGUCAGUUACACUACUAGCUCAGCACUGGUAAUAUAAGUCAAACAGCAGUUACAGGUACCUUGCCAGCUACAUCAGUCAAAUAAAAAGUAGCCAGUUUCUCCUCUGCUUGCUUUUACGACUUGGAGAAAAAUUGCAACACACACAGAGACAGCAGCUGCAGACAGCAGCACCGUGCCUUUCAGAAGCUUUGCCGUCCGCAUGGUCUUUGUUGUCCACAUGCGCGUAAAUCCAGCCCAAUGAACCCGCCAAACAGCCUACCUGACCGCUCUGAGGCGUCCGCAUGGUCCUAAAGCACACCGAUGGCGCUUUUAGUAUCACAGUGCAAUGGUAAAACUGAGAGGGGGGGGACAAAAAUGCCAUUUCAGAAUGUGGGGGUCGUGUCACCAGUGAAAGUUGCGCCCCUGACUCUAUUUACUUCUUGCCUGUAUAUUAUGCAGUUGACUGCAUGCAAAUGUGUUGAAAGAGAACCAAGAUUUUAUUGAUCUACUCUAUAUAUAAAUAUUUUUAAAUUAUUGACAAUUUCCAAUGUUGACAUUCAGGGUAUGUAUAGAGGUAGCACUAUUAACCAUGACUUACCAAUGGUUUCUGAAACACUGCAUUGAUACUUGGCGAAUGGGGAAAUCAAUAAGGUUAAUGCUUUUCCCACAGAAAGAAAGUCCAGUAGCUAUAGGCUAAACUUAUCUGGUCAUUCUGGAUGACAUGAGUGCCAAUGCAAGUGAUAAACUGAUAUUGAUGAUUGAGUGUCAAUUAUUGAGCACCGUCAUGAUUUUUCUCUUUCAAGCCUUGGUCUGUUCCAGUAAGUUGUUGCUACAUACUGUACAUUGAUUUAUAUUUCUGAUGAUUGACAUAGACAAUCCUGCUUAAAAGUAUGUGAACCCUUUGUGCAAUGACAGAUUUUUAAAUUUUUUACCAUGAAAUCUUAAUUUAAUCAGAACCAGCCUUUUGAUCUGACAUAACAGGUUUAUAUUUACCAAUUCCAUCUGUUGGUGUAGAGGAAAUCAAGCAUGUAGUAGAAAAACAAAAUUAAAAAGUAAUUAGUGCAGGUGCAAAAAUAAUUGAACCCCAAGUUGCAUUGGUUAAAUCAAGUAGGUAAGUAGAAUCAGGUGGGUAAAUAAUUGGGUACCAAAUGAACCAAUCAAAGGAAAGAUAAUUUGGAAAGCGUUUGGGCGGGACUCUGAUAAAUAGACAUAAGAAACCUGGUAAGUUUAGUGUUACCCAUUCAGGUGAAUGCAAAGCACACCAUGCCGAGAGGAAAGGAGCUCUUAGAGGACAUCGGGACGAGGGUAGUGAGAGCACAUCAGUCUGGAGAAGGCUAUAAAAUUAUCUCAAUAAGAUUUGAGCUCCAUCAGGCCACUGUGAGGCAAAUAAUUUACAAAUGGAGAGCAUUUAACAUGACAGCAACUCAGCCUAGAAGUGGAAGCCCUUCCAAAAUAUCCUCAAGAGCCACAAGAACAAUAAUAAAUCAGGUAAAAGCCAACCUAAACAUAACAUCUAGAGAUUUGUAGACCUCCCUUGCUCAGGUAACUGUGCAUGGUUCAACAAUAAGACGAACACUGACUCGAAAGAAGCCUCUGCUAUCAAAAAAGAACCAAACUGCCCGUCUUAACUUUGCCAGAGACCACCUGGACAGGUUUCUGGAAGUCCAUUCUCUAGACCGAUGAGUCCAAAAUUGACCUUUUUGGUCACACCGCUAUGUUUGGCGAAAAUCCAACACUGCCUACCACCAGAAGAACCUUAUCCCAUCAGUCAAGUAUGGUGGUGGGAAUGUCAAGAUCUGGGGCUGCUUUUCCUCUGGACCUGGGCGACUCCACAUCAUUAAGGGAACCAUGAAGUCUGAGGUGUACCAGGAGAUUCUUGAACGUCAGGCCAUCAGUCAAGGAGCUAAAGCUGGGCCGAAAAUGGGUCUUCCAACAAGACAACGACCCAAAGCAUUCAAGCAAAUCUACCAAAGAAUGGCUCAGGAGAAAGAAGAGUUGUGUUUUGGAUUGGCCAAGUCAAAAUCCUGACCUAAAUCCAAUCGAGAUGCUGUGGCAGGACCUGAAGUGGGCAGUUCAUGCCAGACACCCCUCAAACCUCACUACAAUUGGCUGAGUUCUGUAAUUAGAGACUGAUUACUGGCUAUAGGAGAAGUUUACUCCAGUUUAUCGCUGCUAAUGGAGGUUCCACAAGCUAUUGACUGAAGAGGUUCUCAUAUUUUUACACACAAUCUGAGUUUCUGUUAAAUAAACCACUUUUGUUAAAAAAAAACAGUGAAAAUAUAUAUUUUUUUUGUUUCUGUCAUUUACUUGGAAUGUCUAUUACAAAAUGGUUAUAUUUUAUAACAACAUAAUGACUAGCCCUAUAGGGUUCACAUACGUUCAAGCAGCACUGUACAGCAUAUCCCCUAUCACUGUCUGAUUUCCUGUAGAGAGAGAGAGAUUUUUUUCAGAAGUAUUUUAGCAUUAAUAGCAUAACAGUUUCUUCUCGUGUCUAUGCAUCAUUUAGGGACAUGUUAUGCACCGACCGUAUGUUGCCAUGAUGUGUAAAUAAGGCUUUUUAAGUUCACCCUGCUGCAUGAACUAGAUGUGCAGACUGACUGCAAAUGUGGUAAAUAAAGUAGGGAUGUCUGAGACAGACUGACAGCAUGGCUUCUGGCACAUAAAGUUUAAUGCACACGAAGGUCCACUCCAUCCAGUGACACACAGUUCCACGAUCCCUACGCAUGGCACGAGACAGCCUCCACACAGUGACACAGUGUGUCACAAAGCCUGAACCAAGUUCUAUUAUUGAAGAUGAGUUUGUUGAGCGCACCGUCGCCACUCAAGGCUCAUCUCAAUAAAAAUAUGAAAUACAUUUAUGAAAAUGCAUUUGUAAAUCUGCAGCCUGAGGAGCAGUGUUAUGACCCAGGGUACUGUGACUGCUGUAUACACGUGCAACACUUGAGCUCUUGAUCUGGAUCUGAUUUCCCAAGAUGGUGUCUCCACAGAGGCAGAUCAGUUUCCCUGGCUGCCAGAACAUCAAGCAGACAGAGCAUGGGAGGCUUUAGUUCUUCUGUGGUGGGUGCCUGCCGGCCUCUCAAGCCUCUCCUCAACUCAACUGCACUGCAGCACUGGGCUGGGCUGGCUUCUGUUUAAAACUCACCUCUUCUCAGAUAGCCUAGCCUGCUGCAACGUGGCUCCCUCUGUGGCACAGCUAUUCCAACAGAGAUACCUACCUGAGGUGUUUAGUACCAAUGGGGAUGUCUUCUGUCCAUUUUACCAUGGUUAUGAAGACGCAUUGAAUAUCGCAAACUGUGAUUUUUCUGGGGAUUGAGAACAGAUUAUUUCACAAUGGCACUCGUAAACUCACAGCAGAGUCUUAUAUAAAGUAUGUAUGUGUAUGGUUCUUGCUCCAAGUCCACUGAUGAAUGCCUGUCUGCUACAUAGGAAUCUAGUCCUUGUACUACGUAAUAGUACAGAGAUAAUUAGGAUUCAGUCGAGGGAUUUGUGCAUAUAAGUCAUUCAUACUGUAACACUCUUGUAUACACCACAUGCCAUUUGAAAGUUUCUCUCAAAUGACUUAAACAGACUUGAUUUUCAUGAAGGGACACAGGGAGGAGGAGCAGUGGGAAGGAGAGAGUUUCUUCUGGUUCUUCCUUUGGUCUUGAUUUGACUAGUGACCGGGAAAAAAAGAGCCUGCCAGUUUUCCCUUCAUCACAGGGAGAGAACACAUCACAUUUCAGUCUCAGACACCUGAAUGUAUAGCUGCACCCCCCCAUCCCUCUCUCAGCUGACACUGCUCUCUCCUCUCUUCUAUCUCUCCUUCUCACCCCGCACACUGGUCGCUCGCUUUCUCUCAAUCCCUAUCCCUUUCUCCUUCGCUCUCUCUGUCCCCCUCUCUCUUCUUUCUCUCUGCUCUCUCUGAAGAACUUCAAGCGAAACUCACUGAUUGUGUCUUGAGCAUGCUAAUAUCUAGCCUCUCUCUCUCUCUCUCUGUUUAUGUUGACUGGAUACCUCUCCAUAUGGCGACAGGACUGGUAUGACUGGGAAGCAUCUGGUCACACCUGGACUAUAAUUUCCAAUAAUUUCUACUGGAAUGUUACUGUUGUCUACCAUUUGUUAAAGCAAUGGCAUUAAUAAGUAGCACUGAUGAUUCCCACUAUGGCUCAUGUAUUUAAACUUUUUUUUUUUUUUUUACAGUUGCACACCUUAACUGUAGCGUCAGCUAAAUAAAGUACUGUCUGGGGA